ACUGUCAGUACUCUGUGCUGUCAAUGAAUGGCUCCAGAGGCUGUAGGGCCCAUUCAGGUGUGCACUCAACGCUGUCUGCCAGCAGUAUUUGAAGUUGAAAUCAUUACAAGCAUUGCUUUAUAAAAAGGUUCACCUCAGUGGAUCGAACAGGUCCAUUGCUGAAUUCCAACUGGCGGGAGAACACGGUUAGAUAUGGAAAGCUUGUCAUAGCGUCUGAGCCAACCCUCGACAACACACAGUGUAUCGGUUAUUCGAUUGAUGCAGAAAGAUUGGCGCUUUCUCAUGAAUGUUGGAUCCGGGGAAUGGUUCAACCUAAGAAAGGUCCUAUGGAUUCCGCUGCUGUUCCAAAAGUCACGAUCGAGGUCAGCCCCGGUUCCAGCCCCAGCUCGGAUCCUGAAGCUGUGAUCUGUCCCACCCGAAAGCCCCUGGAGUUGUCAGCUCGCUCCAAGGUGGUGCGCGCCCGGGGCAGGCCAGCGGCAGCGAAUGCAGCCCGGGAGCGGAGCCGGGUGCAAACCCUCAGGCAUGCUUUCCUCGAGUUACAAAAAACACUGCCGUCAGUCCCUCCGGACACCAAGCUAUCCAAACUGGACGUCUUAAUUCUGGCCACCACCUACAUUGCACAUUUGACCCGGACCCUAGAAGAAAGUCUGGAGGACGGAGAGGGUCGGAGAUCCGCUGAGUUAAUGCACUCCCUCAAAGUGGACGGAUAUCUGCAUCCUGUCAAAAAGUGGCCGAUGCGAUCCCGGUUGUAUGUUGGCGCAACAGGUCAGUUUCUGAAUUCUGGUCAAUCAGAAAAUCAAACUCAAGCCGCGGUGAGCAGCCCGGAUCCUGUCUAAGAUGAGACACUUCACAAAGUUCAUCGCACGGUGUUUAUACUUAAAAUUACUAUUGUCAUCUUCGCCGCUGCUUUGAAUUCCUUAGAGAGUAAACUACCAAUUUUCAAGAUAAAGAAAUCUUAAAGAAAUUAGUAAACAAAUCAGUGCAAUUAUUGAACUAAGGCGUAUCUGAAAUUGAUUUACUAUGUCGUUUAAUGUGUAUAUUCAAAGUAUAGUCUCCCAAUGUUUCGCGAACUAUGAGCUAGGUGUUACUUUAAACAGUUUGUAAAUAUCGAUGACGAUGCGUACACACUAUGCUCGUACCUUCCUCCCAUCUGUUUUAUAUCAAACAAAUCUGGACAUGCCGAUUGAGAAGUAGUAAUGUCUGCAAACUUGUAAAGAGCUGAACCUCACGUUUUCAGUUCGAAAGACUUCUCGGCCUCAUGGUAUUGACAUGAUUGGGUUUGGUUUCUGGUGCUGAAGACUCGGCCUGGCUGAUCGGCUAUGCACUUUCAAUUUCAAUUGCACUAAACACAAGGUUGAACAAAUAGCAGUGUAACAUUGUGCACGCCCGGCUACUGUGAAUGUGUGCAUCAUUUUCUCAGAUCAUUAAUUUUUUUUUAUAAAUAAAAGUGCUCCAUUUUCAUUCAA